UCUACCACGAGUGUGUUCUAUUUUUGUUUUUGCCGGGUACAAAGUGUCCAAAUGCGGAUGUAUUUUUUUUGUGCAGUUGUUGCCGCGAUUUUGUGACAAGUUAACUUGUGUCAAUGUCAUCGUAGUUGGGUCUAAAAAAACUAUGUACUUUUGUGUAAGUUGUGAAUUUUCUUUUCGGAAAUUAUAACUAUUCGUUGAAUUUGAUUGUGAAGCCAGUCACAGCGUUCAAUGAAAGCGACUUUCAGUUGUCAGAUGAACAAUGGAAAGAGAAGCUCUUCUUUCUAUUCCUACUUGUUGUCACAUCGGCUUGCAACCACGCAGAAGAGAUAGAGAAAAUACCAUGGCAAACGGUGGUCACACGAUAAUGAACGGAGUUAGCUCGGGUACGGGCUUAUCGAGAGAGGAGAGGCGCCGCCGCCGUCGGGCCACGCAAAAGUACAGAACAGCCCACGCAACAAGAGAAAGAGUACGAGUGGAGGCGUUCAACCUGGCAUUCGCGGAACUUCGCAAGCUCCUACCGACGCUACCUCCCGACAAAAAGCUCUCGAAAAUUGAGAUUUUGCGCCUGGCUAUUUGCUACAUUGCCUACCUGAAUCACGUGCUCGAAGCAUGAGAAUUCGAAUCGACUGCUGAAUAAAUCACGGCCGUGUCGAUCAACAAGUUCCUUUCGAUUGUUCAAAUAAGUGCAAUGUAACGAAUUUUCAGAAGGUAUCGUCAAAACGAUUUAUUAUAUAUAAUAAUUAAUAAGCUUCUCUUGAUCAGAUAUUUCCGUUGAAAGUUCGGUAUAACGAUUUUUAGAUGUUGGAAGAACUGUACAAAAUAUUUUACUGUAACUAAA